AGCCUUGACUUCUUGUAAAUUUUAUAUAAAGAGGUGAACACCUGAAUAGCAUGUGCAUCACCAUUGUGUUCAGCAUAAACAAAGUUUACCCCUAUAGAUAUGUGCUCGUUUCUUGCUUCACCUUGGCAACGUGGAAGUUUGUUUGGUUUUUACCAAUUUUCUUGUCCAAUGUGUAAAAGUUGUUCGGCACAGCAACAUGUCCAAAGCCACCACAAUUAAGGAGGCUCUGAAGCGCUGGGAGGAGCGGGAGCAGCAAAAUUCCCUGACUGCCAAGGUUAUUGAUCUGCAGUUCCAGUGGCCACCCAUCGAGAAAAUGGACAGCACAUUGGGUACGCUGGUGCAGUGCGAGAGAAUCAGUAUGUCCACGAAUAUGAUUGAGAAGAUAUUCGGCUUAUCGGGCAUGAAGUGCCUCAAGGUUUUGUCCUUAUCACGAAACUACAUUAAGCAGAUAUCCGGACUGGAGGCGGUGGCUGAAACUCUGGAGGAGCUGUGGCUCAGCUACAACCUAAUCGAGAAAAUUAAGGGUUUGACUGGUCUGAAAUGCCUAAAGGUGCUCUAUAUAAGCAACAAUUUGAUCAAGGACUGGUCGGAAUUCAAUCGCCUGGCCGAGAUCGAAUCUCUCGAAGAUCUAGUUGUGGUGGGCAAUCCCCUAUCCGAGGGAUUGGACGAGCCCACUUGGCGGGCGGAGUGCAUCAAGAGGCUGCCCACCAUCCGCAAACUGGACGGAGAACCAGUCGUGCUCAACGAGGAGCCGCAGCUUUAA